AUGUCCCACGACCUCCCUCCUCUCCACGACCCCACCUCUCCACCCCUCAGCAACAGCCCCCGCUCGUCCACCUCCCCCUUCUUCCCCAGCCCCGAGCCUACUGCGACACCAACCAGCAACCGCCUCAAGCGACUAUCACUAGUGGCGAGACCGACUUCGCUCGACCUGGACCGGGAGCCAGGCUCGGCGAGGAGCGCGAGGUCGCCGGCGCCGUCGACGCCUGAUGGAGGGGUGAGGAGGCCUAGGAGCGCUAUCAUUGGGCGGUCGAAUAUCGCAUACUCGCCUGCUGUGUCGCGCAGUAUCUCGAGGGUCGGCACAUCGCAGAGAGAGAUAGGGGGGAGGGACAGUUUGGAGGGCCGAGUGGGGAAUGGCGGGCGGGGUAGCGAAGAGAGUGGGCAUAGAGGUUCUGAAGAAGGGGAUACGGUGGACGAUCCGCAAACCUUUAUGGACAGACAUGCCGACCUCCUUCGUCAAAUAGCAGAGAAAGAGCGCAAAGUCAACGAGCUCAAGCAAGAUCUGCAUCAACAAGAAACAUCCCUCCACCAACUUAAAUCCCGCUGGAUCACCCUCGUCUCCCGCGCCGCCCGAUCCCCCUCUUCCGAGCCGACCCCUGAACUCACAUCCACCUCAAACUCCCUCUCCUCAUCCUCCACAUCCUCCUCCCUCUUCCCCAUCGAGGAAACCGCCCUCACCACCCUCACCCGCACGGCAGAGCAGAGUGUAGGCAUAGAGAAGGCGUUGUCGGGGAUGAUCAAUCAGGCGGAAGAGUACCUCAGUCCGGAGGUGUUGGAGGGGGGAAAGAAGUUUUUGGGGAAUUUGUGGAGGACGGUGGGGGCUGCUGCGAAUGGGAAGACGCCUGAGGGGGAGGAGAAUAUGAGCCUGGGGGAGCCUACGCGUGUGGAGGGGGUAGAGGUGGAGAAGAAGAGGAAAGAGGGGGGGUGGGCGCCGUUUGGGUCGAGCUUUGAUUUGUCUGGACUGCAAAGUAUAAUCACUCCAUGGGACGGAUCAUCCUCGAGACAUCCCCUCUCUUCGGCACCUCGACAACGCACUUCAGAACCUCGAACCCCUAAUCCUGCACCUUCGCCGUCUUCUCCUCUUAUCGAUUUCUGA